AAUGUAUCCAAUGUACAAGAUAUUGCUAACAAAUUGAUACCUCCGCGGUUGACAGAAACACAAAGCAUGGUCGAUGAAGUGCAACUGCGUCUAAUGGUGUAUGACUUCUCUACAAAUAUUCUGGCGUUCACAAUUGAUAUGUUUCUGUUCAGGUCGCUGUAGAACAAAUACAUUUGUUAAUUAAAUGCAUUCAAAAACGACAUCAACAUUAUUUUCGGUUGAUCAACAUCGUAAGAAGUAUUGUUUUGGUGCCACUUAUGAUCCCUAUCACAAAUGAUUGAAAGCUGUUUCUCCAAUUUUGCAGAUAUAAAAGCAACGCUUGCCAUGCGCCAGUAUUGGGAUAGAACUUUCUAAAUAUGGUGUUUUCGAAUAUUAUUAAAAAAAAUAAACAUGUGUAUUAAAGCGAUUUUAAUUAUCGUGUGUUGCUUUUUCAAACAAAAUCAAGUUCGAUCAGAAGUUUCGAAUAAUUAUUUCUUUCGCGUUAAAGGCGUUACUGUAAGCGAACAGGAAAAUGAUUUUCACCAAACCAAACAACAGUGCUCGCUACGAUGCAUAGCGGGGUGUAGGAAGUGUUUCGUAAUCAGUUAUGAUGUCGUCACUAGCGUAUGUAGACAUUUCGACCAGCUUAACACAACAUUGGUCGUCACGGAAACACCUUCGACAUAUUUGGUUUGGAUUCGCAAUGAAACCAUGAGAGUCUACCCAGUUCGCCGUGCCGGCGACAACGGGAUCUCGUUUGAAGAUGCGCCGGCGGUGUGCUCGAACUUGGGUGGUUACUUGGCGAAUACCAGCGACUUACAGACGGCACAAAGACUAGGUCUUCAUCUGUGCAGAUGUGGCAUACUACGUAACAACUCAACCCGCUACAGCGCCCUCUACAACGGUACGAACUGCUCCGACUAUGCCGGGCUUCCGCCGCCAACAAUCGUGACGUGCAAGUUACCGACGACUAAUACAUACCUGUCACCGGCACCGCUUGCGUACUGCGUUUUGUAAAGAGACUUGCAUUCUAUAUCGAACUGCGUGCCUAUCUUUGGUGAUUAUAUUGAAAAUAAUAUUAUCAAAAUUAAUAAUAAGCUUUUAUGCUAAUUUAUUAUAUGUCAAUUCCGUGCAACGCAGGAAACAUGUUUUGAGGUUUAGAAUGAUAUUGUUUGACUUAACAAUGACACGAUUAUCGGUUCCUUUCUUUCUAUUGACGACUAAAACAGUAAGCAUAGAUCAAUAGUUAUCACACGGAUCCAAUACAAAUUCACUUAUUGUGUUCACACGACCGAUUUAAUUAUUUUUUAUUUACAUGUUUAACGGAACUUUACCGGUACUUUUUUGUUUUUGAACGUGUCAAAUUCAAUACAUAUAUAAUACGUAAGAUCGCCUAAUAAAUGUUAUAAGCAUGUGUGAAUAUAUGUGGUUGUAUUCUUUUCGUGUUGUUAACAUCAAUACGUGUGGAUAUAUUGUGUUGCUUUCGUAAAUAACGAAUGUGGACAUAUGUGGGUGUAUUCGUUUCGUGCUGUAAAUAAUAAAUACAUGUGGGCUGAUGUAUAUGUACUACUUUCGUGUUUUAAACAUCAAUACGUAUGGAUAAAUGUGGAGAUAUUCGUUUCGCGCUGUAAACAUCAAUACGUGUGGGAAUAUGUGGCUGUGACAAUUUCGUGUUCUUAAAACGAAUACGACAAAUAGACCCAAACAACUUGUGCGAUUUUUUCUGCGUCCUGCCGAUGAAAAAAAGAUUGC